UUUGCUGAGGUCAAAUAUCUUCUCAAUUUCAAUGCAUGCAUUGUUGCUUUUAUUCUCACAGAUGUCGUUUAUCAAAUUCUUUCCUCCCCCACCUUCUCAUACAGUUUGGUUAAGGUAUCUAACUCUGGAGCUGGAGGUUGGGAGUUCACUUCCCUUCUAGCCCUGCAGUUCUAAGUUUCUAUUACGUCAGUACCUAUUUCUCUGACCAUCUCUCCUACCUAGACUGUUUUCAGAAAUUCCUGAUGAUUCUCUACCAGUAACAGCAUUUUAUCAACUCUACAUCCCAUCCCCUUCAUGGAUUUGUCCUUUCUCAUCACCCUCCAAAUAAACUCUGCAGAUUUUAUCAAUUCCUGGGAUUGACUACGAACUGCUCUUUACUGGUUCUCGAGUCCAAUAAUUUAGCUGCAUCACAUUCAUCCACUUUUACCCUUCCUUUCCCCCCCUCUUGUUAUUCAUUUUCCUAAACAAUCCUUUAAUUCAAAUAUUUGUUCUCUUUAAUCAAAUUUGAGAAAUUUAUUUCUAAUUUUCUGGAAGCUGAUGUACAAUCAUUGGGGAGAAUUUGUGAAGGAAAAGAAGUUAAUAUACUUUGAUUUUGAUGUACAUAUUUGGGUGUGGAAAUGAUCCUCCCUCCAAAAGGUCCCUCAGUGAAGAGCCCUUCCAACCUCAAGGCCACAGGAAACAACCUCCGGUCCGGCCUCAUCCCUUCCCUGGUUCUCCUCCCUCGCCUUUUUUGGCUGUCUUUCCUUGGUUCUCUGUGUCUCAGGAGGAGCCCGAACACAUCAUUCCUUAUUCCUGCAGAUUUUGGAAGUGGCUGUUUGUCUUCUUUUUCUGAUCUACCAGAUGAUGAACAGGAGAAGAAGAAUUGCCCAGCAACAUCUCGGGCCACAUGGGCAGGAACUCAUCAUCAAGGAAGAAAAGAGAAUUGAAAAUCAGAAUGAGGAGACAUGGACUUCAGAUGAAAGGACUGACACAGAGGAGAAACCACAUCUAUGCAUGUCACCUCAGUAGAUAUCAAAGAACAGAUGCAGGAGAGAAACUCUAUCCAUGUAUGGAACAUGGAAGGAGCUUCAGUCAGAAGAAGAGCAUCCAUAUACACCAUAGAACUCACACUGGAGAGAAACCACAUGAAUGCAUGGAAUGUGGAAAGAGCUUUAGUAUCAGUGGUGUCCUUCGGAUACAUCAAAGGACCCACACUGGGGAGAAACCGCAUAAAUGCAAGGAAUGUGGAAAGAGCUUUAGUCAGGGUGGACACCUUAGGUUACAUCAAAGGACCCACACUGGGGAGAAACCGCAUAAAUGCAAGGAAUGUGGAAAGAGCUUUAGUCAGGGUGGACACCUUAGGUUACAUCAAAGGACUCACACUGGGGAGAAACCACAUAAAUGCAUGGAAUGUGGAAAGAACUUUAGUCACAGUGGUAACCUUAGGUCACAUCAAAGGACGCACACUGGGGAGAAACCACAUAAAUGUAUGGAAUGCGGAAAGUGUUUUAGUCACAGUGGUGGCCUUAGCUUACAUCAAAGAACCCACACCGGGGAGAAACCACAUAAAUGCACAGAAUGUGGAAAAAGUUUUCAUAUGAGUGAUGCCCUUAGCCUUCAUCAAGGUGCCCAUACUGGGGAGAAACCACAUAAAUGCACAGAAUGUGGAAAAAGUUUUCAUAUGAGUGAUGCCCUUAGCCUUCAUCAAGGUGCCCAUACUGGGGAGAAACCACAUAAAUGCAUAGAAUGUGGAAAGAGCUUUAGUCAGAGUGGUACCCUUAGGUUACAUCAAAGGACUCACACUGGGGAGAAACCACAUGAAUGCAUGGAAUGUGGAAAGAGCUUUAGUAGGAGUGGUGCCCUUAGGAUUCAUCAGAAUACUCACACUGGGGAGAAACCACAUAAAUGCACAGAAUGUGGAAAAAGUUUUCAUAUGAGUGAUGCCCUUAGCCUUCAUCAAGGUGCCCAUACUGGGGAGAAACCACAUAAAUGCAUGGAAUGUGGAAAAAGUUUUAUUAGGAGUGAUGCCCUUAGGCUACAUCAAAGGAUUCACACUGGGGAGAAACCACAUAAAUGUAUAGAAUGUGGAAAGAGUUUUAGUACGAGUGAUGCCUGUAGGUCUCAUCAAAGGACCCACACUGGGGAGAAACCUUAUAAAUGCAUGGAAUGUGGAAAGAGUUAUAUUCGUAGUUGUCACCUUAGGAUACAUCAAAGGACCCACACUGGGGAGAAACCAUAUAAAUGCAUGGAAUGUGGAAAGAGCUUUAGUAGGUGUGUUGACCUUAGGUUACAUCAAAGAACUCACACUGGUGAGAAACCACAUAAAUGCAUGCAAUGUGGAAAGAGCUUUAAUCAAAGUGGUAACCUUAGGUCACAUCAAAGGACCCACACUGGAGAGAAACCAUAUAAAUGCAUGGAAUGUGGGAAGAGCUUUGGUUGCAGUGGUAACCUUAGGUCACAUCAAAGGACCCACACUGGAGAGAAACCAUAUAAAUGCAUGGAAUGUGGGAAGAGCUUUGGUUGCAGUGGUAACCUUAGGUCACAUCAAAGGACCCACACUGGAGAGAAACCAUAUAAAUGCAUGGAAUGUGGGAAGAGCUUUGGUUGCAGUGGUAACCUUAGGUCACAUCAAAGGACCCACACUGGAGAGAAACCAUAUAAAUGCAUGGAAUGUGGGAAGAGCUUUGGUUGCAGUGGUAACCUUAGGUCACAUCAAAGGACCCACACUGGAGAGAAACCAUAUAAAUGCAUGGAAUGUGGGAAGAGCUUUGGUUGCAGUGGUAACCUUAGGUCACAUCAAAGGACCCACACUGGAGAGAAACCAUAUAAAUGCAUGGAAUGUGGGAAGAGCUUUGGUUGCAGUGGUAACCUUAGGUCACAUCAAAGAACUCACACUGGGGAGAAACCACAUAAAUGCAUGGAAUGUGGAAAGAGUUUUCUUCAUGGUGGUCAACUUAGGUCACAUCAAAGGAUUCACACUGGGGAGAAGCCACAUAAAUGCAUGGAAUGUGGAAAGAGUUUUAAUCAGUGUGGUAACCUUAGGUCGCAUCAAAAAACUCACACUGGGGAGAAGCCACAUAAAUGCAAGGAAUGUGGAAAGAGCUUUAUUCAGAGUUCUGCCCUUAGAUUACAUCAAAGGACUCACACUGGGGAGAAACCACAUCAAUGUAUGGAAUGUGGAAAGAGCUUUAGUAGGAGUGGUAACCUUAGGUCACAUCAAAGAACUCACACUGGGGAGAAACCAGAUAAAUGCAUGGAAUGUGGAAAGACCUGUAGUCGGAGUUGUCAUUUUAGGAUACAUCAAAGGACCCACACUGGGGAGAAACCACAUAAAUGCAUGGAAUGAGGAAAGAACUUUAGUCAGAGUUUUGCCCUUCGGUUACAUGUGGACAGAGUUUUAUUUGGAGUUCCUGAUAAGUUAAGGCAUAAGGAGCUCAUUCAGUUUUGUGCUGCUUUCCAUGGGAAAGAAGAAACAACAAAAUGCUGACGUCAUGCAAAACAGAAAAGAAAAAAUGGAGUGCAUUUUGAAGUACUACUUGUAAUGUCUUUUAUUUCUUAAUUAACAGAGAGGUAUCACAAAAUAGACGUGAAACCUUGUGCUAAAAAUUAGAAUAAGCAUGUAUUGUGCCAUACAAGCUUUUACAAAAUUAGUGUAUAAAUAGAAAAGGAUGGAUGUUCUAAGUCUAACUGAUGGAAUAAAAGCAAGUAGUGAAGAGAGUGAAGCUGUCGUUUGUUUUAUAAGGCUUUAUCCUCAAAAAUAAUAAUAGUAGUUGAGAUUUAAAGAGGGUACCAAUGGAUUUUUAUUCUCUAUUUUUUUAUGAACCAACAUAUAUAUAUUCUAUAAUAUUUAUGAAUAACUUGGCAUUUCUGUGCUAUUGUAUUGAGAGUAUACUGCUUUGUAAUGGCAGAGAUUGUUGGAAGGAGUGGAAAUUUUGGUUUUUCAAGAUCUAGUCUGCUCGGGCCCUGGACUGCACUACAUCGGAGGUGACCAAAUCCUUUGAUCCUUAACACCUGAGCUUAUCAGAGGUUAGAAAACUCAAGCCUUGGGAAAUUUGGUUUUGCUGACUGAUGCAGAACUGAGGUACAUAAAUAUUGGGAGAGAUCUCUGACAGGUCUGAGCUAAACCUGAAGGAAUUGUUAAAUACAGUUUCGUACUAUGUAAUAAGUAUUUAUCAGAAUCAGUGUUAUAGAAAGAAGUAAGGCUAGAAUUUAUCCAGCUGAGUAAAACUGUAACAGCUGAGAGAGCAAUCCCUGGAUUGGCUAAUCCUGGGAUAAAGCUAGCAGACCUAGCACACACACUCUGUGGGUUGCUGGUGGUGUGGAUUGCUAUUGUCGUGGUGCUGUGCUGGAGUAUUCUGGAAGAAGCCGUGUCUUUGUGCUAUAUAUUGGAAGAAGAACUCUG